AAUUAAUAAAUGUUUUGAUACACUGCAACCAUAAAAUAUUCCCGUUUCUGAUCGAUAAUAAAGUUUUCGAAGGUUUCUAGAAAAUCUUUUUUAGAUAUCGAAUUUUUUAUAACUAAAACGGGAUCAAAUUUAACAUUUAAUUCAAUUAGUUUCCGAUGUUUGUUCCAAUAAUAAUAAUAAUUAAUGAUUAAGACUCUUCCUUUCUAUAAUCAUGACAUCACAUUGCGUAAGAUUUAUCCACCUGAAGGUCGAUUAGAAAUCUGCCAAUACCGGUUUCUCUGGAUGUAAAAAAAUUAAUAUAAAGAUGAAAAUAAUUUGAGAGAUUCCUUAGUUGGAUUUACGUUGUUGAUAGAGAUUGAGCAACAAAGAACAAUGAAGUCGUUAAAUUUUGUCGGUUUGAUGUUUGUGUCGUUCCUUGCAUUUGCAUCAUCAGUUAAAUCAGAAGACAUUAAUAAAACAAAAUUCAAUUGUUACAUCGACUAUUUGAAGAAGAACAACAGAAUCAAUCAAGAUUUUCCUGAUUAUUGGAACUGGUGGUUUGGUUGGUUUGCUAAUUGUGACGCAAUCGUUAAUGAUUAUCUGGAAGACGUUUAUCGAACGGCUUGUGCUAGAAUUCAAUAUCAUCCCAAAGAGAAUGUUGAAUGUGCAAUGAAAAUUGUGAGAAAUAGAAAGACAGCUGAUUGGACAUUAAAACAAGAAGUUGUCAUGAAAUCAGAUCGUCCGGAAACAGAAAAACAAGCAGCAAUAGAACAAGCUUCGUCAGAAAUGGAUCUUUCAAUAAGAAGUGCAGUCACACAGUGCUUCUAAGAUGAUAAAUUAAUUAACGUAUUAGUUUUUAUUAAUAAAUAUUUUUUAAAUUUGUUAUAAAAGUUCGUUCAGUAUCAUAGAAAUCUUUCGACAACUUAAGCUUUAUAUCGUUCUUGAUGCUUCAAAAUCAAAGUUUCUCUAACUUUUCUUCUCAAAAUCUUUCCAUUGAGACUUGUUGGGAUUUCUCCAAAAUAAACUCCACCAUAAAGAUGCUUAGGAUAUGGCAGCUUUUCAGCAACAGCUGAUGUAAUAUCAUGUUCAGUUAAACUAUCGAAACCAGGUCGUUUUUGAAUAAGAGCUGCUGGAAGAUUCGUUGCUUUUGAAUCUGGAAUACCAACAACUGAGACAAGUUCAACACCUUCAAUCGACUCAAUAAUGUUUUCUAUUUCCGAUGGAGUUAUCUGAAAGAUUAAAAUUUCUUUUCGUUAUGUAACUUUAUUCAGUAGAAGAAAUUAUUUGCAUCUUACUAAAUGAUCUUUAAAUUUGAAGAUGUCAUUAUUUCUGUCUAAAAUAUAAAUGCAACCGUCUUUAUCUAAAUAUCCUACGUCACCAGUCUUUAAAAAUCCAUCUCUAUCAAUUGAUUGUUGUGUCGUUUCUGGAUUGUUGUAAUAUCCUUGAAAUUUGAAUUCAGGCUUCGCACAAACCUCACCAACUUCACCCAA